CAGCUGUGAAGCCACAAACACACGCACACACACAUACGCUACAGCGCUGUCUCUAUGCAAGGUUUGUUUGGACAACGAAUGAAUCGGAAAUUCCACAGAGACCGGAACUCUGAAAGUAUGGUGUUUGCAAUAUUAGUACUAUCAGUCUGGGCUGAGCCGACUCCGUGACGUGGAAGUUAUUUAGCCUUUAGCGCUGUAUUGGUUGAUAAAGGAGAAAACGAGUGGAUAGGUUUUCCAGCUGCAACGUUGCAGACUUGCUACAAGCUAGCAUCGGAGUAGUUCCCCAACCGGCUUCAUUAGCUUAGCUCGCUAGCAAGCUAACAUGCUGAUGUAGCUACAGCUGUGGUGCACUCGAGUAAACGCAGAGGGAGACUGUCUGUGUCUCUUUAAUUUUGUUUACAUUUUAAUUUUAACGCUGAGUAGUAUGGAAAUAUUGCCACAGCCGUUGUGAAAUAGCGAGAGCUUUGUUCGGGUGACGUGACAGACCGGGAGCUUGUGAGGUUGGGCUGCUGAGAUAGUUAUGAGCAGUUUCAACAUUACAACCACAACCUCCACAUUACGCUCGUCUUUGAGUGCCGACGGUAAAGGUUCGCCGGUCAGCGUUGACCCUACCAACAACAACAACAACAAAGAGUGGGAAUUGGGAAGCGAUGUGUUUUCGUACUGUCACGAGAUGAGUCCAAUGGAUGAAACAAUGCAAGCAAGUAUGUCCUCAGUCCAGUCGGGACUGGACGGACACCUGCCGCUUCUACACGCCAGACAUCACAGCGCCCAGGACGGGCUGUUGUUGGACUUGAACUCCCCGACAGGCUACCUCGACGGCAGUUCCCUGGAGUACAGCGACAACGACGGGAACAGCGCUGGUCCGCUGUUCGAGAGGAGAAAGAGGUCGCGGUCCAACAGCUCCAGGCACCGCUUCAGCGAUGUGGUCACGGAGCUCGGUCCAGAGGAGGUACGGUGGUUUUACAAAGAGGACAAGAAAACUUGGAAGCCCUUUGUCGGACAUGACUCGCUUAAAAUUGAGCUUAUGUUUCGGAAAUACUGUGAGCUGAACCCCAGAGCGGCAGGCUUCCAGGUCGGCGGUGGGCCGGAAGAGUUCGCUAAUAACGGCGUGGAGAGCAAAGGGUUGAACGGUGCUGUGCCGGUGGAGACGAGGACCAGCAGUGUUCACGGAGGCCUGGGCUCCCAGGACACAUCCACCGUGUCCUCGGAUGAGAGGGACCUUGACAGCAUUGAGAUCAACAUUGAGCCUGUGUGUGUCCGGGGAGGUCUCUAUGAGGUGGAUAUUAUAGAGAGGGAAUGCAGUCCUGUUUACUGGAAGCAACAGGACCAUAUUCCAGUCAUGAGAGGCCAGUGGUUUAUUGAUGGUACCUGGCUCCCGUUAGAGGAAGAGGAAAGUGACCUCAUCGAACAGGAGCACCUGAACCAUUUCCGUGGACAACAGAUGCAGGACACCUUCGAGACGGAUUUGGUGGUCAGGACCGUCGAUAGCAAAGAUGUUCUCUCCCACCUGCCCCCCUUCUACCUCCCUUUUCUGUUCAAAUGGAGUGGAUAUCAGACGAGUGCUAAAACUGCUCACAAGCGCAAACGCUGCCAAGCCAUCCACAGUCUGAAGCUGAGUCGGACCCAUGUGGAUUGGCACAGCGUGGAUGAGGUAUACCUCUACAGCGAUGCCACCACUUCCAAAAUUGCACGCACCGUCACCCAGAAACUGGGCUUUUCCAAAGCCUCCAGCAGUGGAACACGGCUCCAUCGGGGUUUUGUUGAGGAGGCCUCACCUGAGGACAGACCUCCUCAAACUACACACGUUGUCUUCGUGGUCCACGGGAUUGGACAGAAGAUGGACCAGGGACGCAUUAUUAAAAACACUGGAAUGCUGAGGGAGGGUGUGAGGAAGAUGGAGGAGAAGCACUUUUCGGAGCACAAUGAUGAGCAUGUGGAGUUCCUGCCUGUUGAGUGGCGCUCCAAACUUGCACUGGAUGGAGAUACAGUUGACUCAAUAACACCAGACAAAGUGAGAGGACUGAGGGAUUUACUGAACAGCAGCGCCAUGGACAUCAUGUAUUACAACAGCCCCCUUUACCGGGAUGAGAUUACCAAGGGCCUAACAAAGGAACUAAACAGACUGUACACACUUUUCUGCUCCCGAAACCCCGGGUUUGAAGAGAGAGGAGGCAAGGUGUCUAUUGUCUCCCACUCCCUCGGCUGCGUCAUCACCUAUGACAUCAUGACAGGGUGGGAUCCUGUGCGCUUCUGCCUGCAGGAGCAUCAUGCUGUGGAAGAGGAACUGGACCUGCACUGGAUGUCCUAUGAGGAGAGGCACCUUUUAGAGCAGCUACGGCAAACAAGGACAAGGUUACGAGAGCUAGAAAAUCGGCUCCUCACUCUGGAGGCCUCUAAACCUUCGGCUCCUCCAGCCCUAAAAUUUAAGGUGGAAAACUUCUUCUGCAUGGGUUCUCCUCUGGCGGUGUUCUUGGCCCUGAGGGGGAUCCGCCCUGGCACCAGCUGUCACCAGGACCACAUCCUGCCUACCACCAUCUGCAACAGACUCUUCAAUGUCUUCCACCCCACAGACCCUGUGGCCUACAGACUGGAGCCCCUCAUCCUCAAACAUUACAGCAAUAUUUCACCCGUUCAAAUACACUGGUGUAGCGCCACAAAUCCAACACCUUACGAUGAGAUCCGGCCUACCUUCCUCAACCCAGUGAAAGACCCAACAUCUGACACUGAGAGCAUCCCCAGCCCGAGCACUUCCCCCGUCCUCGCCCGCAGGCACUAUGGAGAGUCCAUCACCAGUCUGGGCAAGGCCAGCAUACUGGGUGCGGCGAGCAUAGGCAAAGGCAUUGGAGGCAUCCUCUUCUCUCGUUUCUCCCGCUCCAACAGCCAGCCCUCAGUGUCUUUAGGACUUGAGGGAGGAGCAAACACUGAGGAAGAGGAGCAGAAGCGCACAGAAAGCCAGUCAGCAUACGGCCUGUCCGCUAUGACUCGGCCCACCUCACCCACUGUCGACACAUCACUGGAGCUGGAACGACGCAUGGACUUUGAGCUCCGAGAGGGUCUGGUGGAGAGUCGCUACUGGUCAGCAGUGACUUCACACACAGGCUACUGGUGCUCACACGACAUAGCACUCUUCCUGUUGACCUUCAUAUACAAGCAGAACACACCACCCUCUGACCUGGCAGAAGAUACUCCAGAACCAGACUGAGGCAGCACAUUUGUUACAACAUGUACACACUUGAAUGGUGUCUUAUAAAAGGGGUCAUUUUCUUGACAUAAGACACAAAAAUAAACUUCAUACAUGGACACAAACUGACUAACCCCCCCCCCCCCCCCCCCCCCUUUUUGUUCCCUCCCAUAGCUUCUUAUCAUCCAGCUGUUUUAACACUUGGGAAUAAUUACUAACACACCGACUCAAUUACAAAAUGUGCAUUUUUGUCCGAUUUGUGUAGUAUGUACACAAUUGCGCACCCUAAGGGUGACCGUGUCGGACUAGGAACCCCUAAGGAGGUGCACCUUUUGCCAGUAUGACAACAAGCUGCAUAAAGACAUGGAAUAUGAGACUAAUGACUUUGGCACACCCAGAGGAUGAGAGUUCUGAUUCACGCCCAAGUCUACAACCUUAAACAGCUGAAGCCUGUUUAUAAAGUGUCCAUACAUGUCCUCUUAAUCAGUGCUUGAAUCCAGCCUCUCUGUCUCAACCUCAAUAUGGAGCCAUGUGACACUUUUGUCUUUACCCAUCUUACAAAACUUAUGCUAACAGGAAAAUGCAAUGCCUUUCAAGAUUAGCCAAAUAGCAUUAUUCAGUAAACAGAAUAUUUUUGUUUAGCUUUUCUUAAAAACUUAGGGCAUUAUCCAUGUUUUUGAAUUAUACAGAAAGACAUUUAACAUGCUAUUUUCAGUUUAUUUCCUUUUUCAUUUAUUUUUGUUUUCGCCUCUUUCUAACAUGUUUUUGACUCUUGAAAUACAUAUGUACCAAAUGAAAACAUGAGCGGAGCGCCACUUUUAUAUGUUACGCAGUCGUCUAAAGCAGAAUUUUCGUUCAUGUUUAAUUUUCUGCAACUGAACAGUAGAACGUUUGUUAUAAAGUACUGAAACAGUAACAUUUACAGCUGAACAUCAUUAGUUUCCACGUUCCAUGAUGCAUUUCUAUAUACAUGCGUCUUGCAUCGUGACAUGCAUAUCUAUGCUCUUUAUCAAGAGCCAGACGUGAAGUUAUUUUCUUACACAAGUUCUACACAAGUUUAUGUCCAAAUAUCUCUUGGUGAUGUCAUUUACAAGACAAGAGGUCUCACUCAAAAGCAAUCACAGUCAUUCAAACUAAUUUCCAUGCUUCUGUAUUAAGGAUAGGAUAUGGAGAGAAUUUUCUGUGCUAUAUCUCUAUAUUGAUAUCCAGAUGAAAUCAGUGGUACUAGAUGUAUUUUUUCUUAAAAAAAGAAAAAUAUUUUUCCUAGCAAUUUUAGGGCUCUUGUGGAUAGAAAACUGGGAUCUCAUCUCUUUGGGAAAAUGGCAUUCAAACUUGUGGCCAAAUGACAUUUUUGUGUCUAGCUCAUUAGCUACUUGGUUUUAAUUAUGCUAAGGCUAAUUCCUGCUCUGUGAAAAAGUAAUUGGCCUAAGAGGAAAGUUGCUCCAUUUUUUUAAAUUUUUAUUUGGAGGUUUUUGUCUUACGUAGCAUGCAAAAGUUCAUUGUACCCCGUUUGCCUUUUUUUAUGUGACCAAUUCACACUUUCCCCUUUUCAGCAAUGGAUAUGUCAGCUUGUCUUUGUGUUUGAGUGGGAAAGAAGGGGUUCUUUACGUUUAAAAACCUGCUUUCCAGCCACGAGAUGUGUCACUGCCUAACUGACACUACAUGCAAAUUUACUCCCAGGAAGAAAAACAAAUGUGGACCAUUGCCUUAGGUUUGUCAGAGCAGUUGUUAAAAAGAAAAAAUGAUGAUGGUGAUCAUGCGCCUGCCAAAUGGGGUUAUUUAAAAACACACCCAGUUAUGCAGAAACUUGAAAAUUAAUUGUGAAUGGAUGUUGGAACAAGACGACAUUGCAGAGAGUGCCAACUUACAUCUAAGAAACUGCUUUGGGUUCUUUAUCGAGCAGAAAACCACUCAUUUACAAUGGAUGAAGAAACUGAAUUACCCAGAUUAACGUUUAUGGGGUUAGUUACUUGUGACAGAUUUGAUUGUAAGUGUCAAAUUUGUGUCCUACUUGUUGCAAUGUCAUAGUUAUCACAGAGUUUUUGUUUUAAAUUUGUUAUGGUGUGACCUGCUGCAAUCAAGGGCUGUUGUUGUUCCCUUAAUCAAAUCCAUUAUUGAUUUUUAAUGGCUCUGUUGUGCAUGCAGAGGCCUGCUUAAAGAAACCAGGCUGCCUGUCAGAUGAUUGGGAAGUAAUAUGAAAGCAGGCACAAAUAAGGGAGAGUGAUACGAAAGUGUUUCUAUGAUCUGGUGCAUUUUGCCUGUACAUCAGCUACGAAUUGCACAGAAAUUAUGUAGAAAAAAAGUCUAUUGUUGUUUUUUUUACGUGUUUAUUUUUGUUUAGCAUGUUGUACAUUACAUUUGGAAGCAGUUUUAACAUGUUACUUGGACAGCAGGCAUGCAAUUUGCUAAGGAGACCUUAGACAGCAUAGUGAAAAUUACAAGGACAGUUCCAUUGUUGCUUCUCCGUCACCAUCACAAUAACAACAACGUUCCUGCCAGUGUAUGUGAAAUUUGUACAUUGUCCAUAUUAGCAACUCUUGAUUCAAGCACAGAUUUACAGCUGUACUCGCUGAAAAGGAAGGGCAACUUUGUCACGAUACGUCGUUCUCCCUUUGACUACAUGAGCAUUUAACGCACAACAUUUUCAAUGAUGAUGGUUUCUUUUUCUUGUUAAAGGCAGCAUAAGCAUCAUCAGGGAAAUGCCCGCUGUUACGUGUUUCACCGCUCUGUAAGAUUCAGCACUGUCGUGGACACCAGUCUGAAGCCAUUAUGAGGGUAAAGAAUUAACUGCUGUCACGGAUGUGUCUUUGAAAUGUUCUGAGGUAAAUAAAGAGGGGGCUGUAGCCAUAUGAAAUCAUUUAUUGGGUGAGAAAGAGAAAUAAGCAUUUAAGUUUAAGUGUUUGGUGGUCAAACUUUGAAUGGAGGUCUGAAAAGUGUUUUUGUCUGUCCUUAGAGAUGUGCAAUAACUCAUGCCUGUAAUGGAUUCUAACUGCCAUCCAAAGCACUGUAUUUAUUUCCUAUUAAAAGCAUUUUCUUUUUUUUUUGGA